UGAUGCUGCCCGACCUGCUGAGUUCCUCCAGCAUGCGGGUCAGGCAGCAUCUAUGGAAAUGAAGUCGACUUUUCGGGCCGAGAUCCUUCAUCAGUCCAUUGUUGCUGCCUGACCAGCUGAGUUCCUCCUGUACUGGUUAAUGCUUAAGAUUUACAGCAAAUGCAAAAUCUCUUGUGCCGAUGAUUUGCGGAAAAGUCUGACGCAAAGCUUGAUUUUCACAGUAGGCCGCGUCUCCGGUUACCAUGGGAACCAGGAGCGGAGUUGCCGGGUGACCGGCCUUGUGCUUUCAGGCGGUGUCGGUGAAGUAACGUGGGCUCGGUUACUAAGCUUUUGCUUUUACGAUGAGCGGUCACCUGACCACGGCGGUGGAGACGGAAGGGAAAUUAAAGGAAGCCUGCGACCGCACCAUAGGCACCGACACGGGAAAUUUGACGGGCGAUGGGCUAGGGUCGAAAGCAGCGCCGCUGACGUACAAUCCCAGGCCGCCGAAAUUGCGCAAAAAUAAGACUGAGUGCUCGGUAGCAGUAUUGAAAUCCUCUUAUUUAUCACCAUCAGAUUAUCUAUCUCAAGUUCCAUACCAAACUCUGACAGAGGUUUCAUCAACUGAUAAGCUACGCAUACAAGCCGGCAUCACUAACCGUUUUCAGGCAAAAGGGCCUUUGGAUUCUGAUUUGCUGGGAAAAGCACAGGCUACAAAAGCAGUUAACGUCUGUUUCAACGAGUCAUUACAAAGAAUAUUAACAGCUGAUUGUCCUAUGACCCCUUGGUCUGCAGAAAAUGAUCUACGUGCAUCUCCAACUCAAGAUUCUAGCUGUGUGCUCCAUCUGCCAAAGUGUCAUGCUGUUUCAAAAGCUAAAGGUUCAAUUAAACCAGUCUAUCAUAAAAAAAGCUUACCUGAAGUUAUUAAACCUAAUGAAAUCUCCUGUUGCUAUUCAAGAAAGCUGAGAGAUGGCAUGACUCCAGAUGUAGUAUUAGAAAGUAUGAAUACCUUGUGGGAGCUACAUAGUCAAUUUUUCUCAAAAUCGGAACGGUUGCUUAACUUAUUAAAUACUUCAGAUCAGUCAGAGUAUUGCAAAAACAAAUCAAGAGAAACCGGAGGUAUCUGCCAAACAGGAGGCUUGUAUUACUGUGGUCCUGAAGAUACAUGUUGUGAAUACAAGCCUAACAAUUUAAAGAAGUGUAACUUGUGCAAGGUACAUAAUAAGGAAAACUACUGGAUCACAGAUAGAAUAAAAAAUAUGAAGAGAAUCAUCAGUUUGAAGCUUGAUGUGACAGACCCACUUGUCACUAGAGAAGGUUUUGCUAUUGCAUUAGGAAACCUGUAUGAUGAUAAACCAGAAGUGGAAGUAGAACAUAUUUUGGGUGUCUUUGCUGCUGCUGUAGUUUUGCAAUUCAAACGUCUGUUUAACAAGUGUGCAACUGUUAUGCUGGAUAACAUAAAUACCACGACUGUCUGUCACUUCCAUCAAGCUGCUUUGAAGUAUAACCAAGAAAAAUUGAGACAAGCCUGUGAGAGAUGGUUGGAGUUAAAUCUUAUUGUGCAUUUAAGAUAUGAGACCACUCUGCGAGAUUUACAAAUGGAAGUCCUGCAAAAAACUUUAUUCUCACCAAGAUUGUUUACUUUUACUGAAUACCACGUACUACAAACUGUCCUCACCUGGGUUUUCCUUCAGGUGAAUACCAAGGUGCGGUUAAUGCCGCCGUACGGUACAAUCAUAGCCUAUUUUAUCAGUUUACGUGAGAUGGAAGUCUACCUAGAUAAGGAAAUUCGUCUGAAGUAUUCUGGAGUGUUUCAGUCCGUCCGUUUCCAUGGAAUAACAGAAACUCGACAGAUUGAGGAACUACAGCAGAUCAAUCUGUUGCCACAGACCAUUUUGUUGCAAGUUGUCACCAACAACUAUUAUGCACUACAGCAUGGUGGAGAUAUGCCAUAUGUGAAAUACUUUCCCUCUGAAGCAAUCCGCUAUGGUUUCAUCAUAACAGAGGAACCAUGGUACCAUUCAGAAAUAAUUUCCUACUGCGGAUUUUAUUUUGAACUCAAAGCAAUUCAAGAGAAAAAAGGUUCCAAUUAUAGUUUCUACAUGCAGAGAUUAAAUCAUGCAGAUUCAAAUAUACCUUUUGGAAUUACUGAACGCAAUGCUUUCAGCUUAAGACAGGAACGUAAAGUGAAAUAUGAAAUCCUAGUACAGACAGAAAUAGAUGAAGAAUGGCAAGUAUUUACAACUGGUUACUUAUGCCAGAAAUUUGGUGUUACCAAAAUGUCCUGCCAAAGCCAGAUUCUGUUAGUGGAUAGACUGACAAUGCCUGUUUAUGUGACCUUUGCUCUUCUUUUUCCUGCAACUUGAAGAAAUCAAGUAAAACAAUAAGAAAUCAUUGAAAACUUUGAAUAUCAAUGUUCACAUCAUGAUUGUUUGAUCUGGUAUUUUCAUUCUGCAAGGGAUGCAAUAUUUCCCCCCCUCCACCUCUCUUUGGGAGUUUUCUUUUGAUAAACGGCUUUCUGAAAAGCUGUUGUGAUUUUUUUUGUUAAAACUUUUAAUUUCAAUGGUUAAUUCAAAGGCCUUGGUUAAAAACAAAUGAGAAAUACAGUACUAAAAAUACACAGCAGAGAUAAGGUUCUCUCUAACUCUGACAGGAAGGAGUUA